CGUCCUCUUUCUGUGCACAUCGAGCGUGGCAGCAGCUUAAUCACGUUCCUGGAGAUCGCAAACACACCACGUACAUAUAUAACCGAUGCCCGGUCAAUUUGUUCUCUCAAUCGCGAUCUGAGCGUCGCCGGGAACAGAAAUCGCUAUUCUGGCCUUCGAUAUCCUUCAGUCGAGGAACAUUGAUCUUCACAACAUGUGGACUAUAUUCGUGGUUCUAUUUGUAAUAGCGUCCUUCGACAUCAACUUCGCGAGAUCAUUGAACGCGGAGUCUUCCUUAAGGCUAUCUGAUCCUACUGUGUCAAGAUUGAGGAAUGUGGAAGACAUACCAGCCAGACUUCCAAGGAAAUUCCGCGGAAAUAGUCGUACCAGGAGAUUACACAUAGAGAAUCAGCAUGGAUUCGAUGGCAAAGUGGAAAAGAUUCACAUCAAUUCCGAGGAGGAUCUUCCAGGAAUUCGAGCGUACGGAAUGCAGAAGAAGAAUUUGAAGAAUAAUGGCUAUAUCGAAAGAACGAUACAGGAAGAUAUUAUGAAAGAAGUUGAUGAUGCUUCGAGAGCUGCUCGUUCGAUUGAAGCCUACGGGAAAAUGAAAGAUCAUCUCGAGAUGAACGGCCACAUCGAAAGAGGUAAUCUUCAGGAAUCUCCAGCCAGCUAUCAGUCAUCGCGGAAUGAAAAACCCAGGAUAAUCAGGUCCAUUGAAGCAGAAGCAAAACAAGAUAAUCUUAAAGAUGGCCUAGAGGAUCUAGAAGCACAGGACGCCAAAGUUUUUAGACCGCUAUUCGUGUACAGGCAACAGAUGGCUAGAAGGAAGCAUUACGGGAGGAAUCAUAUUCACAGUUCUUUGGCUGGUCGAAAAUCGUGUCACGAUUAAUAAUGAAUUUUUUGAAAUUCUUCCCAUCGGGUCCACUAUUUUUUUCAAUCGUAGGAGCAUCGUUGAUGAGAUACAAUAAAGCAACGGACGACUGUUUCACGAAAGAUAUGUAAACGAGAAAUUGGUAAAGUGUAUUUGCAUUGCGGAUCCUUGAAGUCGCCUAAUUACCAUAAUAAUUAACCGAUUGAGUCAGCGUCACAUUGUGCCAUAAAAUAAGAAAGCGGUUUUUAAAGACUAGUAACUGGGAAUAAGUUUUUAUAACGAUUGGAAGCGCGAUAAACGAGGAAUAAAUGGCAGGCAAAGAACAUUACAAAGUACCAAAUAGUAUUACAAUUAAUGAUGAUAGAACGUGUAGUUCGUUAGUAAUGGAUGUAUGACGUAAUUAGAGGUUUUGAUACUUUAUUUACAGGAUAAUAUUGUACAGGAUAAUUAAAUUUGAAUAUGUAUCUUACAUUUGUUAAUAAUAAUUAGAUGAUGAUUGAUCGACGAAUAUGUAAAACGGAAUUAUAAUUAAGAAUUAUUUGAAAUUCGCUGUUUUAUUGUACUACGUAUAACUUUUAUGGGAAAAUAAUUUAAAUUUAAUUUAACGACCGACGAUAAACUUGUGUUAUUAGGUAGUUAUUGUACUAUGCGAAGUCUAAUUAUAGUCAAUGUAAUUGUCUAAAAUUUAGCGGUUUAGUGUGCUGCGAGUAAUUUUUAUUAAAACGUUAACUGGUAUUUUAUCGCCAAGUUUCUGACAAUGUUUUGAUCACCUUGUGAAUAAAAAUUAAACAAAAAACAUAUGAGAAAUA